GGUUAAAUUAUUAGGUUAAAAAUGGUGUUUUAGGUAAUUGAAAUCUAAUUGAGCGUUCUAUCGGCGCGUCUUAGUUUUAUUGUGGCCGCUACUCUGUUUUGUUGCAGUUGUUACACAUAAUUUAUGCUCUUAAGAUUAUAGUGAUCUAAAAUGGUAUUGCCACCCUCCAAUGUUGGGAUAUUGCAUACUAUAUGUCUGAUACGCAACUAUUUUUAAAACCUUGCCAAAAUAGUAUUAGUUGUUAAUUUCUUUUGCACUUUGUGGUCUCAUUUUUUUUAUGGCUAUCAUGGAUGAUUCCAUUCCUUUUAUCAUUGUCCCAUUUGAUGACCCAAGAUGUGUCCUUGUUUCGCACCUUUUGUGCAACAAUAAUUACAAUUCUUUGGAAAAAAAAACUCAUGAAAAUGGCUCUUCUAGGCAAAAACAAAUUUGGUUUUGUCAAUGGAUUUGACCUAGAUCCUUCUUCAUAUUUACCCAAUUUUUUGGCAACAUAAUAACAUCAUUGUUGCAUCAUGGAUCUUGAACUCUUUAUCCAAACAAAAGCAAGCAAGCGUGCAAUUUGAGUGACCUACAGAAUUGUUUUGAGUGACAAAAUGGUCUCCUCCUAUAUCAGCUCAAGUGUUAUCUUGCGGCACUACAGCAAGGAGAACCAGCACAAGUGACUAUGGAUAUUACAGCACAAAGUGUAGCAAAUGAUAUAGCCUCAAAUUCACCCAUGGUAGCAUCCACUUCCAUAAUUGGAGAAAGGUCUUCAAGAGGACAAGAUCAAGAACUAGGAGGCAACAUGGGUGUAGUGAAUCCUAUUCUCACCCUAGAAAACUUCUCAAGUUCUGGUUUCUCAUUUCCUCAACCAGUGGUAGCAUCCACUUCUGCAACCAGAGGACUAGCUCCAGAACUUAUUGGCAAUGUGGGUGUAGUGAACCCUAUUCCCACCUCAGAAAACAAUUCAAAUUCUAGAUGGCAACACCCUAGUGGUGGGAAUAACACUAUAGACGGAUUAGGAACUCAUGAUCCACUUCCACUUGAUCCUCCACAAGUUGGUGCUUCACUUGGAAAUUCCAUGUUUCCUAAUUCAAUGGAAAACUCGCUCAAUCAAUUUCAGUCAACCAUGUUACCAAGCUUUCCGAUGCUUCCUUAUAGUGGUGGUGCCAGUAGUAGCAGUGAUAGUCACCAACAAUUUCAAAGACAUCAUCCAUUUGAAAUAACUGAGUUGGGUCCAUUAGGUACACCUACAAUGAGAUACUAUGCUCAACAAAAAGAUCACAGAAAUAUUUUGCAUCCACCACCUCUCAUGGAUGUUCAAGGCUAUGUGAAAACAUGGGAGGGAUGUUUGGUCGGAAGAGAUGACUACUCGUAUCGUGCAUCUUUUAAUCAAGCAGGGGUCAUGAUCAAACCAACAUCACCCUCCUCACUCACUUCUGCAUGGUCGAGUAGGCUAGAGAUCGUCAUCUUCAUACCCAAAAAUGCUGUCAACUAUACAUUGAAGAUUAUUGGUGGACCUAUAGAUUAUGUGUUCUUUCACACAACUGAAUUCAACAACCUUGACUUGUAUCACCAUCUGAUGAGCAAAAAUUUGUGUGCAAAAAUCGAAUUACCUACACAGACUAUUAUCCUAUCUACAACGGAAAGCAAAUAUCACUUCUUAGGAAUAAUUUUCCCAGCGGAUACAAUAUUUAUUGAACUUGCAUAAGUAUGACUUUCAAGAGCCAGAGCAGCCCCAAGUAAUGAACAAAAGGUUAUAAGUGUUGCAUGUUGUGAGCUAGAAGGGCAUGAAACCAGAUGGAAGAGAAAGAUAUCAAUCAUGAGAACAUGCUAUAGAAUUAAUUGUUCAGGAUUUAUCUAAAUUUUAUUAUGUUUUGUUUUAUUUUUGUAUUUAUGGGUUUUGUCAUAUAGUACCCAUUUAAGUGAACAAACUUGGUAUUUUGGUGUGUUUUUGUUAUAUGUACAUAUAGAUUUAUGACAUUAAUAUGGUUUUUAAGUACAAUUGUUCUUGCGCAA